CCAAUUCCAGCCAGUGGAAGAAAUUCCAGCAGCGAAGACAUCGAGGGUUGGAAAAACGGCGCGUCACCCACUUUAACUGGAUAAAAGAUACACAAAUACAGACCGGGAGGAAAACAAUAACCCAGUUCUCACAAGGCUGAAAUGGGAAGGAAGUGGACCAUGCUCUCCUGAACAACCUCUUCCCACUGAACUCCCUUCAUCCUCCUCAUCCUUCUCUUCCUCACUAUUGGCUCCAUCAUGAACCACACUCCCAGCCCUCAUCUCUCCGAGAGCGGCAAGUCGGCUGGAGGCGGCCUGCUGUGUGGCCUGGGCCUGGGCUCCGACCGGGGGAUCCGCUCCCCGGACAGCCUCACACACACCCCAAGCCCGACAGGAGGAACCCCAAGCUCCAGCCCACCCCUGCUUCUGUCCCCUGGGCUUGGGGGACUGGGACUGGGGUCUUUAGGGGCCAUGGGGGAGGGCGUGGGGGGUGACUGGGAGAGCAGAGAGGAGCUGCGGCUCAGAGAGUUGGAGGAGGCGCGGGCCAGAGCUGCCCAGAUGGAGAAGACCAUGAGGUGGUGGUCCGAUUGCACCGCUAACUGGAGAGAGAAGUGGAGCAAGGUGCGUGCCGAGCGUAACCGAGCCCGGGAUGAGGUGCGUCAGCUAAGGCAGCGGCUGGAUGCCCUGACCAAAGAGCUGACCGGUGUGAGGCGAGAGCGCCAGGAGCUUGCCGCCGAAAAUGAGACGCUACGGCAGGAGGCACUCCAUCUCCGCGGUGACCACACGGCUCCUCCCCCUGCUUCUUCCUCUGCCUCCUCUCCGUCUCACCCAGCGGCUCAACCUCCUCCCACCCCUGCCUUUGCCUCCACGACCUCUUCUCCCGCCAUUCCUCCUGCCUCUCCCGCCUCCUCGUCUUCCUCCUCUCAGCCCAAUGCAGACGGAAAGGUCGACAGGGUAGGGCAGGGGCUCCCCGGGUCUCCAGAGCCAGAGCCGGUGAGGGAUGUAGACUUGGACAGAGGAAAGGAAUUAGAGCUGCUGGAGACAGUCCUGCGGUCCAGGGGUCCAGGCAGCAGCGAGGCUGGGGACCACUGGGACGGUCGAAGCGGUAGCAUCAACGCAGGUAGCCUGCGCUCUUCCUCCGCUCUGAGCCGCCAGGACCGUAGCAGGCAAAUGUGGGACGAAAUCGCCACCCAAGAGGAAGACGUCGGCAAACUCAAUGCCCUGCAGCUCCGUCUAGACGAGUCUCAGAAAGUCCUGCUGAAAGAGAGAGAGGACAAGCAUGCUCUGAGUAAGAGCAUUGAGAGGCUGGAGGCGGAACUCAGCCAAUGGAAACUUAAAUAUGAGGAACUCAACAAGAGUAAACAGGAGGCUCUCAAACAGCUGAACUUGCUGAAGGAGAUGCACCAGGAUGAGCUGGGCCGUAUCUCCGAGGACCUUGAGGACGAGCUGGGAGCCCGAACCAGCAUGGACAAAAAACUGGCCGAGCUCCGGGCCGAGAUGGAGCGUUUGCAGGUGGAGAAUGCUGCAGAGUGGGGACGGAGGGAGCGGCUAGAGACGGAGAAGUUGGCGCUGGAGAGGGAUAACAAGAAGCUCAGGGCCCAGGCUGAAGACCUGGAGGAGCAGCUAGCUAAGAAACGCAGACAGGCUGCCUCUGCACUUGACACCGACCUCAAAGCGAUCCAGACCGAGCUGUUUGAGAGGAACAAGGAGCUGGGGGACCUGCGCCACGUGCAUGCAAAGCUGAAGAAGCAGUACCAAGAGAAGAUGGCAGAGCUUGCUCAUGCCAACAGGCGGGUGGAGGGCCACGAGGCAGAGGUGAAGAAGUUACGACUGAGGGUGGAGGAACUGAAGAAAGAACUGGGACAAGCAGAGGAUGAACUGGAUGAAUCUCAUAACCAGACCAGAAAGCUACAAAGGUCUCUGGAUGAGCAGGUGGAGCAGACUGAGAACCUGCAGGUGCAACUGGAACACUUACAGUCCAGAUUGCGGCGUCAGCAGCAGAGCCCGGGGCUGUUUGGGAAGAUGCGCUCGGCUCGGUUCAGUCCAGACAACCCAGAUGGACCGCCCAGCGAUAUGGACGAGGAGGAGGAAGAGCUUCAGUUACAGAUCCCAUGAUACACAAACACAUGCACUCAUAUACAUCCUCCAACCAUAUGCAUCAGCAGUCGUACAGAUUACAUGCAUAUGAAUUGGCACACACUACUUUUCAUGUACACUUGUACAUUCCCCCCCCCCCGCUUCUCUCCAUGUCUCUCUCUCUCUCUUGUCUCUCCCUCUUUCUGUCUUUCUCACAUGCACACACUCUCAAACACAAAUAUAUUUGCAUAUAUAUUGGACCGCACACACACACACAAUGGACCAAUGCACCACAAACCGGUAAAUACCAGAUAGAAUGUGAUGGACUGAUUUGAUUUGAGGACUUAAGGACACUUAAAUGCCGAGUCAAUGGAUUUGAUGGACCCAUUGAUGGACAGUUGGAGAGACACUGUUUCAGCUUAGGACAGGCCAGCCCCAAAUCCAGCUACACCUUAUGAACAUGUCCUGUCAUCAAAAACAUUUCAACCUGCUCAGCUGGUCUGUACUGCUGUCUCAGUUCCCUUCAGUCUCUACAUUAUCAGGAUUAAUGCCCUUAAUUGUCUCUUCCUAAGCUCUGCAGGCCUACUAAUGUGUAUACUUUUUGACAUAAUUGUGUUGUAUGUGGUCAGCCCAAAACAUUUAUCCUUUUAUAGGCGAAUUCCAGUCAGUUCAAUUGGGGUAACUCAUACAUUUGAAGCAUAUUAUUUUAUUGUGCCAAGCGUGAACUAAAACCACAGAUUACAAUCUCUUAUGUACAGUGCAUAGAGCAGAUCAAAACAAGUGGCAAGUGGGAUGAAGGUGGUUGAGCGGUAAGGAAGCAAGUAUAACAGCAGCUGCACAGAAUACUGAUGGGUAACAAAUGAAAGGAAAAACCAAAAUAAAGUGUCUUAGUAUGGUGUUGGUCCGCCAUGAGCCUCUAGAACUGCUUCAGUGCUCCUUGUCAUAGAUUCUACAAGACCCUGAACUCUACUUGAGGGAUGAACACCAUUCUUCCAAAAGAUAUUCCUUUAUUUGGUGUUUUGAUGAUAGUGGUGGAGAGCGCUGUCUAACACAUUGGGCCAAAAUCUCCCGUAGGUUUUCAAUUGAGUUGAGAUCUAGCGACUGCGAAGGCCAUGUCCUAUGAUUUACAUCAUUUCAUCCUCAUCAAACCAUUCAGCCCCCCCCCCCCCCCCAUGCACUGUGGAUGGGGAUAUUGUUGUCUUGGAAAAGACUCCCAUCGGGUUAGAAAUGUUUCAUCAUAGGAUAAAGGUGAUCACUCAGAAUCACUUCGUAUCAAUUUGCAAUGACCCUUCCCUCUAAAGGGACAAGUGGACCCAAACCUUGCCAGGAAAAUGCCCCCCACAGCAUAACAGAGCCUCCAGACCCCCUCACUGUAGGGGCCAAGCAUUCAGGUUUUUCCUUUAAUUUGUCACUUGUCUGUACACAAAAACGACACAUUGGUUCCCUUCAGUUAAAUAGCCCAUCCUUAAACAGGGGCUACUGUGAUUGGUAUUUAUAAAUUAAUGUGAUUUCAUACAUGGGUGAGGCCAAAAAACUCAGCAGUCAGCAAUAGUUUCCUGUAUGAACUGCUCCACACAUUUUAAGAAAUUAUAUCAUCUGAACCACGGUAGCACUAACAAUCUCUCUCCCCAAACAAAAUUCCCUGUUAAAAUCAGAAUCAAAAUUUAUGUAGAACAUAAUACUAUCAUACAUUACUGUUUCUUCAUAAGCAAUGAACAAAUAAGUGUGGGAAUGAGGUUUUAGGUGGGUACACAUUAGACAAAUAAUUGGGUUGCCUUUGCCCUUCAUGUAGCCCCUGCCAAUAAUUGGUGGUGAAGUCCCAAUCAGAGGCUUGGUCAGGAUCGACCGUUGGAGAGUGUGGGGGUUCACAGGUCCAGUCUUCAUGCCCCUCCCCCCGAUUAGCUCACCAACUCAUCUUGGCCAACAGGGUACAAUCAAAAUAUUGGAAAUGUAUGACCUACCAUCUGCACAGUUCUUGCAAAAACCAUUGUUGUGUGUGAGGACAGUGUUUCGCUCUGAUAGAGAUUCCUGUAAACCAAACACAGCUGAGAUUAUAGGGCAGUAAGGUGGAAGUAAAAAAGAGAAGUCCAAGAAUCACACUUACUAAGAGACAACCCACAAACAGCAAGCAGUUGCUCAUAAUUUCAUGUUAUUUUAAUAAUUUUCCCCAUUUAUUGAUCUAUCUUCCUGUGUCUGGCUUCUCUUAAUCACAUGAGUUACCAUGAGACCAGAGCUCCUGAUGUCGGUAAUAUGCCAACAAUCAGCAGGCUUAUCUGUUAGUUUUAGUGUGAUGCCUAUUCCAACUGUCCAGUGAGAAUGUAUUUAGGACAGGGUGACAAAGUAUCUCUGCAUCUCAUCUUUAUAUCUUUGCUAAAAUUGAUACUAAGUCUUCUAAUGUUGGCCCAGCUUUAGGCUUAUAAAGUGUUUAAACGUUCAUAUCAGAAUGAUCUCAGUAAUGCCAUCUGCCUUUAACCAGAAAAUGUACAAUGAGCCUCAUUGAACCAUCCUCAGCAAUGUCAUGUUCAUUUUCUCACAUCUCAUUCCAUUGCAUUCUCUAUGAACGAUGAUAUCAGUGUGGCAUCCGUGAUAAAGCAUGGAAGCUCAUGCUCUUCUCUUUGUGGUUAUGGAAAAUGGUGGCAAAGGCUUACUGAAAAAGGUCAUUACUCUAGAGAAACAGGAGACAAAAACUAAAAAAAAUGGUAAUCACCUUUGGUAGGAAAAACGUCACCUCUCAGCUUCUCUGAAUUGUCCUGGUUUGAAUAUUUCCCACAUGCAUAAUAUUCUACGGCGAUAUUCUGAAUUGUUCCAUUUGGAAAAAAAUACUGGGCUUAAUUUCCAUCUGUGAAACUGGUAAAGUUCAACCAGUUGAUCUGAUAGCAAACUUUCUUGAUGUGAAAGCAAUAAAACACUCAUUCAUCCACUUUCACUUUCAUUCCCUCAGCCUCAACUCUAAAUGGGGACCAAGAGAUUUUUACUGAUCAGGACUAUAAACUAUUUAUGUUAUUGUUGUUGCUGUUGUUUAGUUUUUAUAAAUGAUCUGUACCACAAUGUUUUUGUAUCAGCUCUAUAAAUGUCAACUGUACAUACAA